AUGCCGCCCGGCGGGCGGGGUCCAGCCCCGAGAGGCGGGGCUCUGCCGCGCCGGGGCCCGGAUCCACUGACGUCAGGCGGCCCGCGCGCCCCGGAGUCCCCUGGGCGACUCCGGCUUAGAACUCUCCCGAGUCGUGUGUUUUUGCUCACCGAUAAAACGCAGCUUGUGGACUGUGACCUCUCGCUCCUGCUGGAACUUUCCGAACGCCGGUUUCGGGGCGGGUGUCCGCCGUGCACCCAGUGUGGCACAGUUCACCCGGUGUGUCGAGAUAGAGACCAGGAAGGAGGUGCCAAAGGUGAGAUCAUCAGGGAGAGCGGUAACCAGAACAUCUUUCUGCACAUCGUGGCCUUGUCUAAUUCCAAGAAAAUAUGGGAAUUUAUUGAAAAUUUCAAGCAGGAAAAGAAACUCAACAUUCUGACGACAGUCUCCUUGGGAGGAAUGCUGGUUCAGACACUGAAUCCCAAUGACCUAAGUGAGAAAGGACGGCACUUAAUGGAACUAUGGUCUGUGCACAAAACAAAGAGAACGCUUUUGUUUCCCAGUGUGCUCACUAUAGAGACGCCGUGUUCCCGGAGGCCCGUGGGCAAACGGGCCGCCGCCUGCAGCCGGCCGUGGGGCCCCGGGGAGGUGACGCUGGAAGAAAACACUUCAAGAAGCCAGGAUACUCUGAGAGGCCAGACUCAUUCGAGCAAGACAGCCGACCCGGGAGGCGGGAGUCUGAGCGUUCGAGCGGCCUCGGCCUCAGCGCGGCCCUCACGCCGUUGGAAGGAGACCCGGGUCCAGCAUGCAGAGGGAAGGGGGGCGGUGCAGGGGAUUUCGCUCCCAGGGGAUGGGCUGGGAUGGGUGCCCAUGUCCCAGGGCCCGGAGGGCACAGGACCCAACACGCUCGCAGGCUCUGGUGGGCAGCACUUUCCACCCAGGCCGAGGGGCGACCCCUCAGGGCCUAACAAGAAGGUCUGGAAGCCGAGCAGCUUGGCUGAGUGCUGUUUUGAAGGGGAAAGAGAGCAGUUCCCGAUCACAGUCCUUUGUGUUACUAGCGGUACUGGUAUUAAAAGGAGGCCAGCCAUUCACAGUCUCUUCACUUGAGAAUGCCGUCCUAAUCUCCUCGUGUCUCUGUCCCUUCCUUCUUGCGGCCGGCCGUGCACUGGGCUAAAGGACGGCGUGCUGUGGCCGCCCCGCCCCUGCGACCCCGCACACCUCAGCACAGGGUCUGGGAAGGCGGCUCACGCCCUCUCUCUCUAACCACACACUGGGGCCUCUCCAUGUGGAGCCUCCCCUCCAUGAAACUCAGGGUAGGGUGGGACUGUCCUCUUUCCUCAUGAGUGUCCCCAGGCUUCACCAGUGAGACGGGUCCCUGGCCUGUCGGGGUGAGUUUUGUAAAGUGCCUCACCAGAUUUUACACCCCCGUCUUUCUGAACUCAGGGGGUCCCUGGAAGACGGAAGUCCUCAGGUUGUGAUCAGGGUCAUCAAAGUCCUAGGCAAGGCCAUGCCCUCCCUGGGUAAAGGCGAUCCCAACCGGGGAGGUGGAAGGUCACCUGGGAAGCUGACCGAACCCCGGGGAACGGGACCCGUCCAUAGCAGCAACGCGAAGCACGUUGGCCGUGACUCGGCUUUUCUAUUUCUGGAGGCGGUUAUCUGUUGGGGUUUUGUUCUCUAGCUGGGCAGAGUCCCAAGGGACAAGCUCCGGGACAGGAGGAGCUGGGAGGAGGUGGCCAGGGAGCUCCGGGAGGAAGCCGCGUCUUCUCUCUGGCUCUCUCUCCAUCACGGAUAACCACUCUUGAGCCGUUGUGAGGCUCUCGGUGACCCUGUGGCCGCGAGGAUGGCUGCACUUCUCCCUUGGCUACCGCCUGCCCGGCUCCCGAACACCUCACACUCCUGCCGUGGGCAAGCCCCACCCAGCCGCACCCCUGCCCCAAGGCCCUCCCUCAGCCCCCAAUGUCUGUGUCAGGCAAACUCCCCUGACUCCUCGUUCUCCCCUGCUGGGUCUCCCUGCUGUAUGUAGCACGUCAGGACACUUCUCCGUGUGGACCCCUGAGGGCUGGGGCGGCACUUGUGGGCCCCCGGCAGGGGUCGCUGACAUGACCCAUCUGGGGCCCUUGCAGCCACAGGCAGAGGCCAGUCACGAAGCUGCCGUUCUCACAGCUUGGUUUCUCCGUCACUUUUAGCUCAGAAAUCGGUUCCCACAUACUUGCCCUCUUGCCAGACCAUCCUCCUCAUCGACUGAAGAGGGGAAACGAAUAGAAAUCCUGAAGAGCUGGCUCAGAGAUCUAAGGAAGCCAGACCAGAGUCAACUCAGGGCCAGGGAAGGCAGGCACCAAGGGCCGGUGGGCGGACUCCACUUCUACUUCCCCCUGGCGACGAGGAACUUCGGGAGACUGGGAACUGUAAUUUUAAAAUAAAUAUGACCGGGGCCAGGAACAAGCCAACCCUCAUCUUCAGCAGCAGGUUUUUCCCCCCCUGUGCAAAUUUCUCCUUGAUUUGAAAAUUUGGUUUUCUUAAAAAUUCUGUGUUUAAGAUCACCCCGCAUUGUUGGUUUGAGGGAAGCAGGGCGGGAAGAGGGAGACGUGCUAAUGGGCUGUGCACCUCUGUACCCCAGGAGAGGGCUCCACCCUGCCUCCAUCGUGUGCAGCCCCUUUGUGGCCCUAGGCUCAAAGCAUGAUUCUGGGAUAGCACAUAUUGACAUGAACAAAUUACAUGAGGCCAGUUUACAUUUGCUUAAGAUUAGGAGUGGCUUCAGUAAUGCACAUGGCAGAGCGCCCGGGUGGUUUAGUUGGUUAAGGGUCCGACUUUGGAUCAGGUCACGAUCUUAUGGUUCGUGGGUUCAAGCCCCACGUCGGGCUCUGUGCUGACAGCUCGGAGCCUGGAGCUUGCUUUGGACUCGUGCCCCCUCUCUGCCCCUCCCCUGCUUGCACGCUCUCUCUCUCUCUCUCUCUCUCAAAAAUAAACAUUAAAAAAAUAUUACGUACCUGGCAUUCUAGUGCUGGUUUGAAAAACUUCUGUGUUACCCCAUUUUACCUCCUAAUGACUGCAAAGUUGUAACAACACAUAUAGAAAUAAACACAUAUAGAAAUAUCUA